AUGGCAGAUAUUUUGGAUAUAUUAGAUAUUGAACAACCUGGAGCUUCAGAAAUAACAAGAGACAGUAUCAUUCAUGGAGACAAAGCAAAGAAAAAAUAUGUUACCGCCAAGACAGUGCGUCGCCCGGAGGGAAUGCACCGCGAAGUAUUUGCUCUACUAUACAAUGAUAACAAGGAUCUGCCUCCUCUUUUACCUACUGACACAGGUAAAGCGUAUAAACAAACUAAAGCGAAACUUGGUAUGCGAAAAGUGAGGAAAUGGGUUUGGGCGCCAUUCACUAACCCAGCACGAAAAGAUAAUGCUGUGUUUCACCAUUGGAAGCGAGCGUCUGAUGAGGCAAAGGAGUAUCCAUUUGCACAAUUUAAUAAGCAAGUUUCAAUCCCGUCCUACUCAGAAUCGGAAUACAAUCAGUUUUUGAAAUCUGAAGAUUGGAGUCAGGCAGAGACGGACCACUUGAUGGAUCUGUGUCAAAGGUUUGAUUUACGGUUCAUUGUGAUACAUGAUAGAUGGGACCGAGCUGCCUUCAGAGACAGAAGUGUUGAGGACUUGAAAGAACGAUAUUAUAAUAUUUGUGCUAUUUUAAGUAAGGUAAAAACUAAUCCUUGGUCGAAUUCUGUAACAAUGGUCAAUGGUGAAAAACGAGUUUACCAUUAUGAUGCUGAGCAUGAAAGGAAAAGGAAGGAACAAUUGAAGAGACUCUUUGAUAGGACUCAAGAACAGAUUGAUGAAGAACAAAUGUUAUUAGCGGAACUGAAAAAGAUUGAAGCAAGGAAACGUGAAAGAGAAAGGAAGACUCAAGAUUUACAGAAACUUAUAUCAAGAGCUGACAGUGGAAAUGGUAUUGUUAACAACCAAACAAGUAUAGUGAAUGAAGGUGCCAACACUCCAACUGGCUCAACAUCCACAAUAGCUAGACGACAUGACAGAAAAUUACAUAAGAAAAAAUUAACAGCACAACAACGACCAGUUCGAACAGUUGAGGCUGUGACAGUGGAAUGGUCAGGUAUAAAGUUCCCUGAAGCUCGGGGUGCUGGUGUUUGGUUGAGAUCUCAACGUAUGAAACUGCCACCUGGUGUAGGACAGCGGAAAACUAAAGCCAUUGAGCAGGAACUAAGACUUUUGAAUAUUGAUAUUGCACCAACACCGACUGAAGCAAUUUGUAAACAUUUUAAUGAAUUACGUUCUGAUCUAGCUUUGGCAUUAGAUCUGAAAAAUGCAUUGGCAUCUUGUGAGUUUGAAUUGCAAGCUUUAAGACACCAAUAUGAAGCUCUGAACCCUGGAAAGACGUUAACAAUACCAGCAUCAAUUUGUAACACUAAUGUAGAUGCAGAAAUAAAACCCCUCGGAGAGAUUAUUGAUGUGGUUGGAUCGCCGAGUGCUCUGAACACUACUAUAUAG